AUGGCCUCCUCAGACGAGGACCGGAAGUCCUCCACCGCGCGCCCCUCCAGCCCCGAACAAGCUCCCGAUCUCAGCAUCACGGCCGACGACAAUGUCUACCUGCACGCAGCCGGCUACAACGAAUCGCCCGACCGCGGCCUUAUACACAGCUUCGCGCGCUUCCGAUCCUCGCCGCUCGAUUUCAUUCGCGAAGUCUCGCUACACUUCUCAGGGACAGGAUGGAGGUCUUUUGACGAUCACAUUGGGCAGCCAGAGUUCUACCCGGGCUUUAGCGAGGAUAUGAAGGCGAGGGUGUUGAGCAACCCAAUGCUCGUCGCCAAAGUGCGCGAGUUGGCGAACAAGAGGGUAGAGGUUGAGGCGAAAGAAGGGCUUUUGGGCGAGGAUGCGAUGCAUGGGGUUGGUGUCGGCGAGAAAGAUAAAAAGGCAAAGAGGAGGGUGCAAAUUGAGGAAUCGCUUAUGCAAGUCAGCGAGGGCUGGACGGACUCCAUGAUCUGCAAGAUGGAAAGCAAGGGCUUCAUAAGAGGCGCAUACUAUUUCGCUACACAACUCUUGACAAGAGCAUACCACCAGGGCGUCCACGUCUCGAGCGAGGAAGUGCUACGCCUGCGCGCUGUCGCCGAGAAGGCAGCGAAAGACAAGCACUCCAUCAUCUUCCUUCCGUGUCACCGCUCGCACGUAGACUACGUCUCGCUACAAAUCAUCUGCUAUCGGCUGGGACUCGCUUUGCCCACAGUCGUGGCUGGUGAUAACCUCAACUUCCCAGUCGUCGGGUCCUUUCUACAGCAUGCCGGCGCUAUGUGGAUACGAAGGAGCUUCGGGGACGAUCAGCUGUACAUUACACUUGUACAGUCCUAUAUCGAUACCCUGCUGCAAUGUGGAUACAAUUUGGAGUGCUUCGUAGAAGGAGGGAGGAGCCGUACAGGCAAGCUCCUGCCGCCCAAGUUCGGCAUACUGAGCUAUAUGCUCGAUAGUAUCGCGAGCGGCAGGGUGGAGGACGCGAUUAUUUGCCCGGUAUCGACGCAGUACGAUAAGGUCAUCGAGGUUGACUCAUACAUUAGCGAACUCCUCGGUCAACCCAAACCCAAAGAAAACCUCAUGGACUUUCUGUCCGCUUCCAGCGUCCUCUCCCUUAAACUCGGCCGCGUCGACGUCCGAUUCCACGAGCCGUGGUCACUCAAAUCCUUCAUUAAUCAGCAACGCGAACGCUUCUCUAAACUUCCCCAGCAACUCGAUACCAAAGAAGACCGACUCCGCCUCCUCCGCACACUGGGCUACAAAGUUUUGUCAGAGAUCAACGACGUCUCAGUUGUGAUGCCCACCGCUCUCGUUGGUACCGUCUUACUAACAUUAAGAGGCCGUGGUGUAGGCAAAUCAGAACUCAUCCGCCGAGUCGAAUGGCUCAGCGACCGGGUGCGAGCACAAGGUGGCCGUGUAGCACACUUUGGCAAUCUCCCCACUAGCGUUGUCGUCGACCGCGCUUUAGAAGUUUUGGGACCUGGGCUUGUUGGCCUGGUCCCCGGAUUACCAGAAGACACAUUCUACGCCGUGGACAGGUUCCAACUCUCCUUCUACAGGAAUAUGACCAUUCAUCUCUUCAUCUUACAAAGUCUGGUCAGCGCAGCACUAUACACACAUGUAAAGCAGGGUGGUGGCCCGGAGUAUCAACGCAUGUCUUACGGCGAUCUACGUGCGCAGGUGCACUUCCUCUCACAACUCUUCCGCGGAGAGUUCAUCUUCCCCACCGAAGGUCUAGAUAAUAACCUCGCCAAAACACUUGAGGGACUAGAAAAAGACGGUGUCAUCACCAUGUCACGAUCAAAAACCGAGCUGGGCGAAGAAACGGUGGACUUCAUCGAAUUAUCACCUGCUGAACGGACCCAAGGACGCGAAAACUAUGACUUCUACUGUUUCCUCAUCUGGCCGUUUAUCGAAGCUGCAUGGCUUGGUGCCAUCAGUCUGAUGAUGCUCACUCCCCUCUCGUCAUCCGCUACUACAUCACCGUCUUCAUGGCUCGACCUCAAGAAAGUUCAAGAUCGCGCACAAGUCCUCGGCAAGACUCUCUACCACCAGGGCGACCUUUCCUACUUCGAGGCUGUAAAUAAAGAAACACUGAAGAAUGCGUACACGCGCUUCCAGGAAGAAGGCAUGAUUCUUGUUACCAAGUCCAAAGAUAAGACGCCCGCCACUAUCAGACUAGCAGAGGAGUGGACUCCCCAAAGAGGGUCGAACGGCGGCAUCAUCGCCGAUGGACCAUUAUGGCGCUUCGCUGAGCGCAUUAGUGCUUCGCGAAGAGAAGGCAAGAAUCGGCGCGAUGGAGCGACAGUUCAGACGAGGGUUUUGGCGCUGGCGGAUCUGGUCGGUGAGAAGCUUUGGGAGGAUGCAGUGUUUGAUAGAAAGGAGUUGGAUGGCGAUGAGGUGGGUGCUGUUGAAGGGAAGGCGAAGAGCAUGCGGAAGAGAGGGAACAUGGCGCGACUUUAG